AUGUUUGAGUUGUCGACGAACUUUUCUAUGAAAAGCGGGAUACAGUCGAAGUUUCGAAGCAUUUCGUCUUUCGUCACAUUGCGGUUGAUUUUGGUGAGCGGUCUAACGCACGAGUUCCAAUUUCACCCACUGACAACAGCCCAUGAAGUUACGCAAAAGGUGUUUGAACUGUGGCCUAAAGAGUGGGCGGACGAGAAGGUGGAGUCGGCUUCCAUGCUAAAGCUCAUCUAUCACGGCCGAUUUUUACACGGCUCCGUCACCCUCAAUGCACUGAAUCUCCCGCAAGGGAAGACCACUGUCAUGCACUUGGUGACACGAGAAAAUCUACCCGAACCCAAUUCGAAUGACUCACUUUCAAAGCGGAAACGCGGUGGAUGCUGUCGGUGCGUAUUGUCAUAG